AUGGACGAACUUGCUAGGCAGCAAACCGAGCGAUGCCUUCAGUUAUCGACGCCCUCGAUUCCUCAGUUUGUCGUGUCUUGUCUGCUGAUGGGAUGGCUUCUCAUAUCCUAUAUACCACAAUGGGCGCGCAUAGUAUCGAGAAAAUCAGCCGAAGGGCUUUCCACCUUUUAUAUCUUUCUGGGUUCUCUAUCAGGCGUCUGCGCUGUUGGAAACAUUCUCAUGCUACCGUCCACUGAAGCAGACAUGGGUUGUUGCUCAACAAAUUCGAAAUUCGCCUGCAUAAGCGGCCUCCUCGGAACCUUUCAAGUCAUAUUCGGUGUAUCCUGCUUUUGGAUAGUAUUAUUAAUGUAUGUCUACUACUCCGAAGAAGAGUACAAUGCCGAAAUCCACGGCCACCGAUUGUCAUGGUCCGGUCCGGAGCGCACCUUUCGCCGUGCCAAGCGCGCCUGGGUGGUCCUGUUGGCCGUGUGCGGUUUCGCCUUUAUGAUCUUGCUCGUGUCCGCCACGAUCCUGAACCAGUUCAAGAGCAUUGCGCAGACGUGGGCUGAUUUUCUCGGCGUCUCUGUGGCUUGUCUGGCCUGCGUCCAGUGGAUUCCUCAGACUUGGACGACAUGGAACUUGCAGAGCCUGGGAAGUCUCAGCUUGGUAUCGCUUUGCCUCAUGACUCCAUACACCUGGAUAUUCGCCAUCAACAUGAUCAUGCGGGUAGGCUUUGCAGGCUGGUCCGCAUGGAUUGUCUACCUAUUGGUCGGGUCUAUGCAACUCAUUUUGAUAAGCAUGGGCAUUGCCUUUGCCAUCCGCGACUGGAAGAAUCCGCCAGAAGAUCCGCGUUCGGCCCGUGCCAGUCUUCAGCUGGACUUUGAUGGCUGGAACGGCUCUAGACGCUCCCUCGCAUCGUCACAGGUAAGCAAGUAUUGA